AUGUUUGAGGAAAAAGUGAAGGCGUCGCUUGUCCUGCACGGUGGUGAAUGUUUUGAAGGCUACUCUUUUGGUUACGAGGAGAGUGUGGCGGGUGAAGUUGUUUUUGCCACCGGCAUGGUUGGGUACCCGGAGGCAAUGACUGACCCUUCCUACCAGGGACAGAUUCUUGUCUUGACUUCGCCAAUGAUCGGAAAUUACGGCAUCCCUCCAAUUGAGACGGAUCAUUUUGGCUUGACUAAAUAUUUUGAGAGCAUGGGCGGAGAAAUACAUGUGAGUGCAGUGGUUGUUUCAGAGUACUGCGAUGAGCCGGCACAUUGGCAGAUGUGGGAGACUCUUGGACAGUGGCUGCGACGAAAUAAUAUUCCAGGCAUCAUGAUGGUGGAUACACGCCAUAUCGUAUUAAAGUUACGUGAGAUGGGUACAGCUCUUGGUAAAGUAGUUGUCAAUGAUAAAGAUGUACCUUUUGUCGAUCCUAAUAUGCGUCAUUUAGUAGCUGAAGUCAGCACAAAGACACGCUCUACAUAUGGACAUGGAACACUUGUCAUUCUUGUCAUUGAUAUGGGUGUGAAACUUAACUCAUUGCGGUGUUUGCUAAAGUAUGAUGUGACACUCAUUGUGGUACCACAUGACUGGGAUAUCACAAAGGAAACAUACGAUGGCCUUUUUAUUUCCAACGGUCCAGGUAAUCCACAGAUGUGCACAAAAACCAUUGAACAUGUUCGAUGGGCUAUUACGCAAGAUAAACCGAUCUUUGGUAUAUGUAUGGGAAAUCAGAUUUUAGCACUUGCUGCUGGAGGUUCCACAUACAAGAUGAAGUACGGCCAUCGUGGACAGAAUCAACCUUCGACAUGCCGUUCCGAUGGACAUGUCUUUAUUACGACACAAAAUCAUGGCUUUGCUGUGGAUUUUAAAUCCGUUUCUCAGGAUGAGUGGGAGGAGUGUUUUUACAACCCUAAUGAUGAUAGCAAUGAGGGAUUACGUCAUCGUACAAAGCCGUUUUUCUCUGUACAGUUUCAUCCGGAAGGACGUUGUGGUCCGCAGGAUACGGAGUAUCUAUUUGGUGAAUUUAUUGCACAUGUAAAAGAAUCUAAAGUGAAGGAGGCCUCUAAAUAUAAACCCCGGAAAGUUCUUGUAUUGGGGGCAGGUGGCAUUGUCAUUGCACAGGCUGGCGAGUUUGACUACAGUGGCUCGCAAUGCCUUAAAGCGUUGAGUGAAGAAGGUAUAGAGACCGUGCUUGUUAAUCCUAACAUUGCGACGGUACAAACAGACGAUGAAAUGGCGGAUCAAAUUUAUUUUGUACCCGUCACCGCAGAAGCUGUGGAACGCGUCAUUGAAAAGGAGAGACCAGAUGGAAUCAUGUUGGCAUGGGGAGGUCAGACGGCGUUAAACUGUGGUCUGGAAAUGGAUCGACUUGGUAUUCUCAAGAAAUACAAUGUGCAGGUUCUUGGUACGCCUAUUUCUACCAUUACCGUAACGGAGGAUCGAGAUUUGUUCCGUAAUGCACUCUUACAGAUUAACGAACACGUAGCGAAGUCAUUAGCUGUGACAUCGAUAGAGGAGGCGGUAGGAGCGUCAAAGGUCAUUGGAUUUCCGUUAAUGUUGCGCGCAGCAUACUGCCUUGGCGGUCAAGGUAGCGGCAUUGUUUACAAUGAAGAAGAAUUACGUCAUAAGGUGGGUGUGGCACUUGCUGUUUCGCCGCAGGUUCUGUUGGAGGAGAGUGUGGCUGGAUGGAAGGAAGUGGAGUAUGAGGUGGUGCGUGAUAUCUACGACAACUGCAUCACGGUUUGUAACAUGGAGAACUUUGACCCGAUGGGUAUUCAUACCGGUGAAUCCAUCGUUGUUGCCCCCUCACAGACGUUGACGAACGAUGAGUACCACAUGUUGCGAAGUGCAUCUAUUAAAAUUAUUCGUCAUCUUGGUAUUGUUGGCGAAUGCAACAUCCAAUACGGUCUUGAUCCCAGUUCACACCGCUAUGUUGUAAUUGAGGUUAAUGCACGUCUUUCUCGUUCCUCCGCCUUGGCAUCAAAGGCAACAGGAUACCCACUUGCACUCGUUGCGGCAAAGAUUGCUCUUGGCAAAGGCCUUUUUGAGAUUGCGAAUGGGGUCACCAAGACAACAAUGGCGUGCUUUGAGCCGAGCUUGGAUUACAUCGUCGUGAAAGUUCCACGCUGGGAUCUCAGCAAGUUCAACAUGGUGAGUCAGAACAUUGGUUCUAUGAUGAAGAGUGUGGGUGAGGUGAUGGCGAUUGGUCGCACCUUUGAGGAGGCACUGCAAAAGGCACUACGCAUGGUGGAUCCGUCACAUACGGGCUUUGAUGUCCCUCCAAGACUGGAGGCAAAGAAGAAUUGGGAUUAUAUGCAAGAUUUGAAGGUCCCUACACCAGACCGCAUCUUUGCGAUUUGCCGAGCCCUCCAUGAGGGUGUUUCCGUGGAGACGAUACAUGAGAUGACAAGGAUUAAUUUAUUUUUUCUUAAUAAGCUGCAUAAACUUAUUUUGUUACAGAAUCAUAUGUUACAAACAUAUAAGGGGGAAGAUGAAUACCAUGCCAC